AUGUCUCAGAACUCUGGCUCCUACCCAGUUUCUCAAAGGAAACAGAUGGAUCAACUGCCUAAAAUGAAAGAGAAUCUAGUGAAAACAGCCAUUGGCGCGGGGCUGGCGGCGGACGAGGCAGGCGGGCUGCCAAGCUCCUCCCGCGGUGAGGCUGCCCCAGGACCCGCACGUGCGCAACCUGCCAUGGCGGCCUCAAUUACCGGUCCGGAGUUCGGCCAAACCCCUGGGCAGGCGAAUAUAGACCUCUUAUUAGUGGGCGAUGUCACAGUUCAGUACCUGGCUGAUACUGUACAGAAAUUAUUUUCAAAUAUAGCAGAAGUCACCGUCAUCAUUAGUGAUGUGAAAAGGGCAGCAGCACUUGUGGAUGACUGCACGUUUGACAUGGUUUUCCUGAAGCUGACUUCUUCACCAACUGCCGAGGAGCUGGAAGUGGUCAAAUUAAUCAGAUUUGGUAAGAAAAAAAAUACACAUAUGCUGUUUGUUUUUAUAAUCCCUGAGAAUUUUAAAGGUUGUGUUUCAGGACAUGGAGCUGAUAUUGCUUUAACCGAACCACUAACAAUGGAAAAAAUGAGUGUUGUGUUGAAAUACUGGAAAACAUAUUUCUCACAUACUGUUAAGAAUGAAAUUUCUGUGAAGCCUGAAGAACCUGAGUUGCCUCUGCCAAAGUCCUACAGUGAACACCUGGGAUAUUUUUCUACUGAUGUAUUUGCUUGCUCUGAAUCUCUAAGAAAUGACAUUGGACUUGAUUUAAAGACUCCAUUGUCAAAUUUUGAGAAAAGAAAAAAGAUUUCUCUUCUUCAUUCAAGCAAGGAAAAGCUGAGAAGAGAACGAAUCAAGUAUUGCUGUGAGCAGCUGCGCACCCUGCUGCCGUAUAUAAAGGGGAGAAAGAAUGAUGCGGCUUCUGUCCUCGAGGCCACAGUUGAUUACGUGAAGUUUGUCCGGGAGAAAAUCCCUCCAGCCAUCAUGGGCCAGAUUACAGAAGUACUUCAGAGCAAUAGGAAGUUUUGUAAGAAACAACAAAUGCCCAUCCAGCUAUCUGUCCCGGGCACAAUCAUGGGACAAAGGGAAAACAGUGUGCUGACCAGCACUUACUCACCUGGCACAGGCAUCAGAUUCCUGACUAACAAGCACUUGAAUGUGUAUUCUGUCCCUCCCUCAGGGGGUGCCUUGGACGAAGCUGUGAGAGGUCAGUCCAGCUCUGCGUCAGAGAAUGCUAUCGGUGAUGUGUAUAAAACCCGAAUCCCCAGCACAGCUCUGUCUCUGAAUUCCUUCCACGCUGUUAGAUACUAUUCUAAAGUGGUCCCUUCCUAUGACGCAGCUGCCGUAACAAAUCAGAACACUUCAGUGCAUUUCCCAACAGCUGUACCCAAAGUCUCUAAGUUUCUUCCUCAGCACUGCAAUUCUGUGCUGGGCCAGGCGUGCACAGCACACCCCAACUGUCUGCAACAGUUUUGGGCGUAUUAA